AUGUUAAUACUAAUUUUAACUUUUAUUUUUAAGCGACAUUUUACUGUUUUACCUGCAUGGGUAGCUAACGAGAAGUUGAAGGAAAAUGCGACUACAUAUGAGUAUAGUAACUAUUACAAUGAACUGUACGAUUUAGAAAGAAGAUAUGGCUUGAAUAGCCAUUUAUUUAAAAAUCUAAGCAAAAAUAUAUCGUGGGUACAUCAGGAGGAUGCUGCUACGGACGAAUUCGUUAAGAAGCGUUGCUAUGAUUUAAAUUACUGGUUAUGUGAUGAGGUAUAUAAUAAGCUUAAAACUUUUGGACUUGAGGGAGAUCUGGAGAAUGUUAUUCGUAGGAUUCAUAGUGUAUGGACAAAAAUUGUUGAAAAGGAGAUUCCUUAUAAGGAUUAUAAAUGCUAUCCUGAUGACAAAUUAAUUUUUAACAUGAGUUAUUUGAAGGAUAUUAAGGAUUUAUUUGAUUUUUUUGAAGAUUUUGCAUCAACGAAAAGGGAUAUUAUCGCUAACACAGAGGAAGCUUGCCUUAAAUACCGUGAAUACCUUCGGCCCAAAAUACCCAUAUACUACACUUGGAGAGACUCAUGUAAAGAAGAGGGUUUUAUUUGUAAAAGAUGUAUUGAUGAUUAUGAAAAAUAUCGCCCAGCAGGUAUUUUGUUCCAAUUAGACCCUUGGCUUAUUUUUACUUAUUCUUCAAACGAAUGUUUUAAAGAGGUUCAUGAUGUAUUUAGAGAUGCAAAGAAAGAGCCUAAACGUAAUGACGAUAUAUAUAUAUAA